CCGGAAACCAGCCAUGCUCGGCUCAGCAUACUGCAAAACAGCUCGAUCUGAGCAUCCAUACUGCAUACUGCUGUCAAAUGCAGUAUGCAGUAUGUAGUGGAUAAUGCAUACUGACUGCAUCUGAAGUAUGGAGUACGCCUCAACACAGCCUCUGUAUUUGUCUGUUGUGAAUGAUAGUAAAGGGUGUUUCUGCAUUGUUGAGUUCCAACCUCGACGUCAGUUCAGCGUCCCCGUUUCUCUCCAGCAUGGUUCAGAAGGUGGCAGUGAUCGGUGCAGGGGUUUCUGGUCUGACCAGCAUCAAGGCCUGUUUGGAUGAAGGUUUGGAGCCCACCUGCUUUGAGAGCAGCCAUGAUAUUGGAGGUCUGUGGAGAUUUAAGGAGAAGCCAGAGCCUGGACGUGCAAACAUCUAUCAGGCGGUGGUCAUUAACAGCUCCAAAGAGACGAUGUCUUUCAGUGACUUCCCUCCUCCAGCUGAGUUCCCCAACAACAUGCAUCACUCUCAGGUGCUGCUGUAUAUACGCCUCUACGCUCAGGCCUUCCACCUCCUGAAGCACAUACACUUUGAGACUAGCGUGGUCAGCGUGAGGCAGACCUCAGAUUUUGUAGCGACAGGUCGGUGGGAGGUGGAGACCAAGAGGACAGACGGUCAGAGGGAGACUCAUGUUUUUGAUGCAGUGAUGGUUUGUACGGGACACUACACCCAGCCUCACCUGCCACUCAGUGACUUCCCAGGUAUUGACAGCUUUGAAGGCAAAUAUUUCCACAGUUGGGAUUAUCGCAAUGCUGAGGGUCUGCAGGGAAAACGAGUGGUGGUUAUCGGGAUUGGGAACUGUGGAGGUGAUAUUGCUGUGGAUGCCAGUAGAGUUGCUGAGCAGGUUUACCUCAGUACCAGGAGAGGAGCGUGGGUUGUUGGCCGUGUAGGACUGGGGGGAAUCCCAGUUGACCUUAUUGGGAAUUCUCGCAUGGAUGUGAUGAUUAAGAAAGUCUUCCCCUUGUGGAUAAGCAGGAUGGUGGAGAAGCAGCUGGACAAAACUUUGGACCACAGACUGUAUGGUCUGAAACCAAAACAUGGGUUUUUUGGGCAGAUCCCUGUUGUGAAUGAUGACCUACCAGGUCGGAUCAUCUCAGGUCGCGUUCAGGUGAAACCAAACGUGAAGGAGUUCUGUGGAUCCAGUGUGAUUUUUGUUGAUGGGAGCAUCAUAGACAAGGUGGAUGUAGUGGUGUUUGCCACAGGCUACAACUACAGCUUCCCCUUCCUGCCUCCUGCUCUGCAAGCUAAAUCCAGUUACAGGCUGCGUCUCUACAAGCAUGUGUUCUCUCCUGCUCUGGCGCAGCCCACGCUGGCAGUGGUGGGCUUCAUCCACGCUCUCGGGGCGGUCAGCCCUCUGGCUGAGAUGCAGGCCCGCUGGGCUACUAGAGUGUUUAAAGGCUUAUCAACCCUCCCCUCCGAAGAGACCAUGAUGAAGGAAAUCGAAAAGGAUUCAGUAGCGAUGCAUCAGAAGUUUGUCUGCUCAGAGCGUAACCCCCUCCAGGUGGAAUACAUCCCCUACCUGGACUCUUUGGCAGAGCAGGUGGGGGCUCGACCAAACGUACUGUGGCUCUUCCUGAAAGACCCCAAACUGGCACUGCAGGUGUUGCUGGGCCCCUUUACUCCUUAUCAAUACCGUCUGACUGGACCGAACCAGUGGGCCGGAGCCCGUCAGGCCAUUCUCACUCAGUGGGAGCGGGUGUUUCAGCCUUUCAGAACCAGAGUAGUACCAGAACCAGAGACCAGACGCUCCUCCGGACGGAGUGUUAUAGUGGUUUUAUCAGGUGUUGCACUACUGGGCUGCCUCUGCUACAACAAACAAUCUCUCUGCUCUUUCUUUACUCCUCUGGCAUACUUCAGAUCUCCUCAGUGAGCUGAUUAAAUUAAUGAUAACUUGAUGAUGGAGGCAGUCAAG